UAGGUUAUUUUGCAAUAACCUACUGUUUCCUGGUUCCAACGGACGGAAAUUUUUGCCGGGAAAAGAUUGAGUUAUUGCUACUUAUAAUUCGAAGACAGGAAUUACAUAAUGUCAAGCCCUUUAGGCCCACCUCGUUCCAACCGAUCAGCAAGCAAUGAUAGCGGUUCUGUUAGAGGAACUCCACAGAAAAGGCCUAGCAACAAUACAGUAGAAACUCCACUACGAUGGGGAAGUCGUCGCAUUCAAGAGACGAUCGCUGGAUCAUCAGAAGGUGGUUCUCAAAUACCUGCAUCUUCUCCAAAUGCAGCACAACAAACGAGCCCACUUGCUCCAGGAAUGAGCGAAAUAGAUUUAUCAUCUCCAUUGAAUUAUGGUACACCUAGUUCUUUAGGAUCUAUUCGUACUCCACGAAGUAGCGUAAGAGGAACGCCCAUUCGGCAAAGAACAGAUAUCAGAACGGACAAGCAUAUGCGCCAAGUUAAUUUAUCUGAACCGAUACCUGAGGAACCAAAUAUUCCAGGUACAUCAGAAAGUGAAAAUGCAGGUCCACAAUUGGUAAUAUGGGGUACAAAUGUGGUAGUAAAUCGUUGUAAAGAACAAUUCAAACGUUUCGUGCUACGCUUUAUCGAUCCAGAGGCUGAAAAUGAUGAGUUACCAGAAAACAUGAACUUAACAGAGCCAUUAUAUUUACAAAAGCUCGAAGAAAUUCAUACGUUAGAAGAACCAUAUUUGAAUAUAAAUUGUGCGCAUUUGGAGAUUUUUGAUGAACAAUUAUAUCGGCAAUUAAUAUGCUAUCCACAAGAAGUCAUACCUACUAUGGAUAUGGCGGCCAAUGAAAUGUUCUUCGAGAAAUAUCCAGCAGCAGUUUUAGAACACCAGAUACAAGUACGGCCGUUUAACGUUAGUAGAACUAAAAGUAUGCGCCUGCUCAAUCCAGAAGAUAUAGAUCAAUUAAUUACUGUUUCUGGUAUGGUAAUAAGAACAUCUAAUAUCAUGCCAGAGAUGAGAGAGGCAUUCUUUGAAUGCAUUAUAUGUGGAUUCUCAACUUUAGUAGAAAUGGACAGAGGUCGUAUAGUCGAGCCUACAGCUUGUACAAAAUGUAACAAUAAUUAUUGUUUUACAUUGAUACACAAUCGCAGCCACUUUUCUGACAAGCAAAUGAUUAAAUUACAAGAAUCGCCAGAUGAUAUGCCUGCCGGACAUACUCCUCAUACUGUUAUCAUUUUUGCACAUAAUGAUUUAGUUGAUGCCGUUUCUCCUGGCGAUAGAGUAUAUGUUACAGGAAUAUAUCGUGCUCAGCCAUUACGCGUUAAUCCAAGACAGUCCAAUGUCCGUGCCGUUUAUAAGACACACAUUGAUGUUGUUCAUUUUAGGAAACAUGAUUCAAAAAGAUUGUACGAUCAGCAAGAAGGUAAAGAUCACGCAUUUCCACCUGAGAGAGUAGAACUUUUAGAAUUAUUAUCGCAAAAGGAAGAUGUUUAUGAGAGAUUAGCCAGGCAUAUAGCACCGAGUAUUUAUGAAAAUGAAGAUGUGAAAAAAGGUAUAUUGCUUCAACUUUUUGGCGGUACAAAGAAAGGUGAAGGUAUCAUCAGAAGGAAACAUUUUCGUUCGGAAAUAAAUAUAUUACUCUGCGGUGAUCCUGGUACCAGCAAAUCACAAUUAUUACAAUUUGUUUUCAACUUGGUGCCACGUUCACAAUACAGCAGCGGUAAAGGUUCUAGUGCUGUUGGUUUAACAGCUUAUGUAACUAAGGAUCCAGAAACUAGACAGUUAGUAUUACAAACUGGAGCUCUGGUAUUGGCAGAUAAUGGGAUAUGUUGCAUAGAUGAAUUUGAUAAAAUGAACGAUAGUACACGUUCUAUUUUGCACGAAGUUAUGGAACAGCAGACCUUAAGCAUCGCCAAAGCAGGCAUUAUUUGUCAAUUAAACGCAAGAACAAGUAUUUUAGCUGCUGCAAAUCCGUGUGGAUCACAAUGGAAUAAAAAUAAAACUGUCAUAGAGAAUGUGAUGUUACCUCAUACGUUAAUGUCCCGUUUCGAUUUGAUCUUUCUUAUGUUAGAUCCUCAAAGUGAAGUUUUUGAUAGAAAAUUAGCACGCCAUUUGGUAUCCCUUUAUUAUAAAACAGAAUUAGAGGAUGAAGAUGAAAUCAUAGAUAUGAGCAUACUUCGUGAUUACAUAGCAUUUGCUAAGGAACACAUUCAUCCAACUCUCAACGAGGAGAGCCAACAGAGAUUGAUUCAAGCUUAUGUUGAUAUGAGGAGAGUAGGUAGUGGUCGUGGACAAAUUACUGCUUAUCCGAGACAAUUAGAAUCUUUAAUACGAUUAUCCGAAGCUCAUGCGAAAAUGCGAUUUAGCAAUGUUGUAGAAAUAGAAGAUGUAGAAGAAGCCUGGAGAUUACAUCGGGAAGCUUUAAAGCAAUCAGCUAUCGAUCCUUUAAGCGGUAAAAUUGAUAUCGGUAUCUUGACUACCGGAAUUUCUUCAGCAGCCAGAAAACGAAAAUUCGAAUUAAUCGAGGCUUUGAAAAAAUUAAUUCAAUCGAAAAGUAAAACAUCUAUGCUUAAUUAUCAGAAAAUUUUUACUGAACUGAGAGGGGCGUCAGACGUGUUGGUGACACGUGAGAUGUUUGAAGACGCUUUGAAAGAUUUACAGGAUGACGGGGUUUUAAUUGUUGUUGGCAAAAAUGCUAUUCGUAUAUGUUAACAUUUUUCUAAGAUUCCUUUAUAAUAUGAUAUAUUCUUCUAAUAAACAUUUUUUUUUUUAUAAUU